AUGACGUUAAUGGCUGCAUACAACCUUAUUGAGAAAGGCAUUACGAAUUUGGUAUGCAUUGGUGGUGAUGGUUCACUUACUGGUGCUAAUCAGUUCCGUAAAGAUUGGCCUGGCCUCAUCCAGGAACUGGUGGACUUGAAAAAAGUAUCUCCUGAAACUGCAAAAAGCUACCCCAACAUUCAGAUUGUUGGCCUUGUCGGAUCAAUUGACAAUGACUUUUGUGGUAGGUAUUGUUAA